AUUCCGACCUGUUUUCUGUCUAUAUUAAGUUUAGCAGGUGCCCUCUCUCAUUACACAGGUUUAUUAGGUAUUUCUACGGUUUUCCGAAAUGAAAAUAUUUCUCCUUUUAGUCGUUAUUGCUUACUCACAGGCUUUUCUCUUUGACGACCUGUUCGGGUCUCAGUGUAAGACUGACGCCGACUGCCGCUCUGGUUGUUGUAUGACGGACGUGUUCGGUGAUAAUGCUUGUGUAGAAAAGUAUCUCCACUAUCUACAGGAAUGUCGUCUUGAUGGAAACGAGCACCACAGCUGUGGAUGUGGACACGGUCUUUACUGUGAAACAUACGCAAAUAUUCACGGCGCAGCUGUAGAAACACCGCACGUUGGCGCUUCUGGCUAUGGUUUGUGUGAGCACAAUGUGACUACUACAGCAUGAUCGACAGAUGCAAAAUAAAGCAUUUUCGAC